ACCAUGUAGUGUUUGUGUAAUAAUACUAGUUGUCAGACGACCUCUCAAGGCCACUCGCACAAUGGAUAUUGCGCACGCGCACAUCGUCUGCAUUCUUUACAAACAUGGCCGCACUCUUUGGCUGCAUAACUGAGUCUGUCCGGGAGAUUUUGCAGAUCUCUGGGCUGACUCUGCAGUCUUUUCUCGUCUUCUCUACGGCCUUUACUCUGGCAUGUUACCUUUUGAAGCCCCGCAGGGUCCUGCCUCCCUACCCGGCAGGACGUGUGCCUGUUCUCGGGCACCUCCUCGCCUUGGGCCGAGCGCCUCACCUCAAGCUGACGGCGUGGAGGCGGCAGUACGGGGACGUCUUCACCGUCAGGAUGGGGAUGGAAGAUGUGGUGGUUCUGAACGGCUACACUGCCGUCAAGGACGCGCUCGUGGACAGGUCCGAGCUGUUCGCCUCCAGGCCGACAAAUUACUUUCUUGAUGCGCUGCUUGGUUUUGGAAAAGACAUAGCUUCUGCCAGCUGGGGGACGGAGUUCAGACAGAGAAAGAGGUUCGCCACCGCCGUCCUGAAGAACCUGGGCAUGAAGAGCGGAACUGGCAGCAUUGAGGUGAAAAUCCAAGAAGAGGCGAACUGUCUACGCAACAGGGUUGCAGAAUACAAUGGAAACCCCACUGACAUCACCCAUGACGUGACCGUAGCGGUCGCAAACGUCAUCUGUUCCAUGUUAAUGGGGAAGCGGUACGACUACCAGGACGAGACGUUCCGGGAGCUGUCAGAGGCGGUUGUCAGGGUAGCGGUUGAAGCUGGUGCUGGGCAAAUCCUCAGCGUCUUCCCUUUUCUACGGUUUGUUCCUGUUGUGAACAGAGCCGGCAUGAAUGCUCUAUAUGAGGCCUUAAAGAUCACAAAUGUGUUAAGAGAGGAGAUAUCUCGUCAUCGCGAGAACCUGGAUCGCGAGAACCCGCGAGAUUUCCUCGACUUCUGCCUGCUGGAGGUUGAGAAGCAGGAGAAGGUGGAGGGUCUGACAGAAGAAAACGUCCUGUACAUGGCUCAGAACCUCUUCUUGGGUGGUGUAGAGACAACCACCAACACGCUAAUGUGGAGUCUGCUCUACAUGACUCUGAACCCAGACACCCAGAAAAAGGUGCAACAGGAGCUUGAUGCUGUUGUUGGUGAGAGUCUGCCCACCCUGUCCCACCGUUCCCAGCUGCCCUACGUGAACGCCUGUUUGCUGGAGGUCAUGAGGAUCCGGCCCAUCAUACCUCUAUCGGUCCCCCACGCCACAACAGAAACGGUCAAAGUUGAAGAAUAUCAAAUUCCUAAGGAAACCCAGAUACUACUGAACCUGCACUCCCUCCACAUGGACCCCGCCUACUGGCCUGAUCCGGACCGGUUUGACCCCGGAAGGUUUCUGGACUCGGCAGGAAACGUCAUCAACAAGCCUGAGUCCUUCAUGCCUUUUGGAGGAGGCCGACGUGUGUGCCUUGGGGAGCAGCUGGCUAGAAUGGAGCUGUUCCUGUUCUUCUCGACCCUGCUGCAGUCCUUCAGCUUCAAGUCGCUUGAUGGCGCUCCCACUCCCAACACUGACGGCGUCUUUGGAUUAACGUUGAAAUCGCAUCCUUUUAAGCUCUGUGCGAUCCCGCGUUAGUUUGUAGGCUAGAUGUGUGAGAGAUGACGUGACUCAUUUAAUUUUCUUCUAAAUAGUAAAAUGUAUCUUUAGGUACCUUUUUAAUUGAUGUAUCAUCGGCAAAGAUAGGGUUGCGGUAGCAGUAGCUAUACUAUAAUGCUUUAACGGACAUAUGUAUACCAUAUGUGAUCACAAUAAAAGAAAAUAAUAGGCUCUAUACACUGAUAUGCAUAUGGAAGAUAAGACACCAUGAAAGAGUGUAAAGCUUGACAAAUAAAAACGGAAACUAAACGGAAUUGUGCUGAUAAGAGUACUAGUACACGUAUAUGUAAGGUACUAGAAAUGACUUGAAAAAAUACCAGCUGUACUUACUUGUUUAUUUGUUUAUGUUUAUUUGAAUUUACCACAAGAUAUACAAGUGGAGGGGAGGACAAAACAGGUGCACUGACACCUUUACAAGUUGUCCUCCUUACUGAGAUAUUAUGCCCUAAAUAAAGAGAUUGCAGCAUGUUUGGCUGUGAAGAGUCAUGUGCCGUAAUGGUAUGGGUACAUAUGUCC